AUGUGUUGCAAGGCGCUUCUAAGUUUCCUGAGAAUAUUUGGAACAACGCUUUUUGGAGUCUCACUCCUCACGGCAAUGAUAGUUUCUUACACUGUUGGCUACCAAUUUGUCCAUACGGAUGACUACUAUCUCUCUUUUGGACCAUAUGGUCUCUUCUUAGCUAUACACAUCAUCAUUCAAAACAUAUUUGCCUUCCUGGAACAUCAAAAAAUGAAAAAAUACUUAAAUAUCCCCAUUAACUUGAACCACACUAUUGCUCUUUGCAUCGCGGCCUAUCAAGAAGAUCCAGGCUACUUGCGAAAGUGUUUGCAGUCUGUGAAAAGGCUAACCUACCCUGGAAUUAAAGUGGUCAUGGUCAUAGAUGGGAACUCGGAAGAUGACCUUUACAUGAUGGACAUCUUCAGUGAAGUCAUGGGCAGGGACAAUUCAGCCACUUAUAUCUGGAAGAACAACUUCCACGAGAAAGGUCCUGGUGAGACGGUUGAGUCACAUAGAGAAAGCUCUCGACAUGUCACCCAACUGGUCUUGUCCAACAGAAGUAUUUGCAUCAUGCAAAAAUGGGGUGGAAAAAGAGAAGUCAUGUACACGGCCUUCAGAGCUCUGGGACGAAGUGUGGAUUAUGUACAGGUUUGUGAUUCAGACACUGUGCUUGACCCUGCCUCAACAGUGGAGAUGGUGAAAGUUUUAGAAGAAGACCCCAUGGUUGGAGGUGUCGGAGGAGACGUCAAGAUUUUAAACAAGUAUGAUUCCUGGAUCUCCUUCCUCAGCAGUGUGAGAUACUGGAUGGCUUUUAACAUAGAAAGGGCCUGCCAGUCUUAUUUUGGAUGUGUCCAGUGCAUUAGUGGACCUCUGGGGAUGUACAGAAACUCCUUACUGCAUGAAUUUGUGGAAGACUGGUACAAUCAAGAGUUUAUGGGCAGCCAAUGUAGUUUUGGAGAUGACAGGCAUCUAACGAACCGAGUGCUGAGUCUGGGCUAUGCAACAAAAUACACAGCUCGGUCCAAGUGCCUUACUGAGACGCCUAAGGAUUAUCUCAGAUGGUUAAACCAGCAGACCCGUUGGAGCAAGUCCUACUUCCGAGAGUGGCUGUACAAUGCGAUGUGGUUUCAUAAGCAUCACCUGUGGAUGACCUAUGAGGCAGUUAUCACCGGGUUCUUCCCUUUCUUUCUCAUUGUCACAGUAAUCCAAUUCUGCUACAAGGGUAACAUUUGGAACAUCCUCCUCUUAUUGUUAACCAUCAAGUUAGUAGCUCUCAUAAAAUCAUCCUUUGCCAGCUGCCUUAGAGGAAAUAUCGUCAUGAUCUUCAUGUCCCUCUACUCGGUGUUGUACAUGUCAAGUUUACUUCCUGCCAAGAUAUUUGCCAUUGUAACGAUAAACAGAGCUGGCUGGGGCACAUCUGGAAGGAAAACCAUUGUUGCUAAUUUCAUGGGACUCAUUCCAGUGUCGAUUUGGCUUACAAUCCUCCUGGGUGGUUUAAUUUUCACCAUUUAUGAGGAAUUAAAAAAGCCAUUCUCAGUACACAAAGUGAAAGUUAUAAGUAUUGGAGUAGCUGUCUAUGUAUGCUAUUGGGUUGUGUUUUUCAUGCUGUAUGUGCUUUUUAUCAGUAAAUGUGGUAGGCGAAAGAAGAAACAACAGUACGACAUGAUGCUUGAUGUAUAA